AUGGAGAGUGAGACAAACAGUGUGACGGAGUACAUGGAGAUUUCUCCGGCCAUGUACUCUUUGCUUGAACAAGAUGGUCUGAAAAGUGCUGUUCCUCCACUCCUGCAAAUUGAAUACAAAAAAGACAUGAGCAAAUUAGUAUUUUCAAGUUCUAAAAUGAAUACUAUUAUCUUCAAGAAUUGGGUCCUUGAGAAGCAAAUAAACAUGAAACGGAAGCCCUUACAGAUUGACCAUUCAGUCGUGGAGUUCCUGAGAUCAGUGGACUGUGAUGAAAUGUCCAGAGAUCUCUUCAUAUCUCAUGGAAUAACUGCUGUCUACACAAUCGAAAAUGGAGAUGUUGUUGUGAUUGGAAGCACAGAAAGAGCACUUAAUGAGGCAGAGGAAAGGGUGAAUAUUGUUCUUACAUCCAAAAGCAUCACUGUAGAAGAUCGGGGUGUCCUUCAAAUGCUGCAAUGGUUGGAUCUCAUCAGGAGCCUAGAAUGUUUACACAACACUGCCAAAAUGGGGACUUUGCUUGUAGACUGGUCAGUGAAUAGAGACAAGCUAAUAGUGAGUGGUUUCAGAGAUUCUGUGAAGGAGGUUAGUGAGAGUAUUGAAUGUUUCAUUGAGAAACACACUAGAAUUGAAGAAACAGUUUGUGUCAAAUCACAAGCUGUGGUUGAAUUUAUAAAAGACAGAAAAUCAAAAGAAUGGCAGCAUUUUAUUAAGUAUGAUAAAGUGAAAGUGAGUUUUGAUCCAAAAGGACCCUGUAUUAAACUGUCUGGAGAGCGUGCAUUUGUCCAGCCAGCUUUGACCUUCUUUAAAAGUUUGGCAGAUGGUCUCUACACGGACACACUGAUCAUUAAAAAGGCAGGAGCAAAAAAGUACUUCACAGAGCAGGGUAAAAUGAUGCUCUCAAUGUUUGUGAGGGAAGAUGGGUUUAUGGUGGUACUUCAGGAAGAUGAUAUGCUGGAGGAAGAGAAUGAUUUUUCUCAAGGGCCUCUAGGCAGAGUCUCCAGUUCCUGUUUUAACGUGCACAUUCUGAAAAUAGGUCAUCUGACCCUUGAGGUUUCAUCAGGGGACAUAACCAAAGAAAAAACUGAUGCAAUUGUCAACUCUUCAAAUCAGACAUUUUCUUGCAAAUCAGGGGUAUCCAAGGCGAUUUUAGAUGGUGCUGGAUUACAAGUAGAACAGGAAUUAUUACAAAUGGCUAAAGAUUCAAAUUUUCAGCUAACAGAGAUUGUGACCUCAUCUGGCAAUCUCCCAUGUAAAGAAAUAAUUCACAUUGUUGGAUGUACUAAACCAUCUGAUAUUCAGCUUAAAGUUUUGUCUGUUCUAAAGUUAUGUGAGACUCACAAAUAUACUUCUGUUGCCUUCCCAGCUUUAGGCACAGGUCAAGGUGGAGCUAAUCCAUCUGAUGUUGCCGAUGCAAUGAUCAGUGCAGUGAGUGAAUUUGCGAUAAAAAAUGGACCAGUACAUGUUAAAAGUGUGGAGUUUAUUAUAUUCCAGACAAGCAUGUUGGCUGACUAUCAUCAAAAAAUGCAACAAAGAGCCAUGAAGCCGAAGAAAGGCAUAAUUAGCAGAAGUAAAGACCAGGAGGUUCGGGAAGGGCAGUUGUUGGGCAGCCUUCUGGGCCUCCCCCGACAGCAGUGGGAUCACCCGGACGGGCCAGCUGUCCAUUGGCCACCCACAUGCCUCCGCCGUCUUCUCAAAGAGGUCAAGGAAUGCCUCCGGGUCAUCAGUUGGCCCCAUCUUCGUGAGCGGCAUGUGGGGGGAGGGGCCGGCACUAGGGGAGGCCAUCCUCAUCCGACCUUCCCAGUCCAGCAAGCUCCAGAACAGCUCGCGGUCCUCCUGCUGGGCCUGCAUCAUGGCCUGAAACCGGCGGUCAUGGUCGGCCCGUGGAUCCAGCAGGGCUUUGUGUUGUUCCUAAUGCAGGCCCGCGAGCGAUGUUAUGAUGCAAUUUAUAUGGCCGGCUGCGAACUACGACACCCGGCUCUGUCUCAAUGUGGUGCUGAAUCAGGUCCGUACGACCAGGUAGGGGCGAAAACACGUCCGCAAAUUCUACCUGCAAACGCGCAAUGGCCUCGUGCCCCGGCUGCAGGCUCUAUCCCCGUCCUCCAGCGGGGGGCGGGCCUCGGUAGCCCCGCCCAACAGGACCUAGGGAGAGGGACAGAUUUCGGGGCAGGGGGGAAGGAGAGACAGGGGAAGAGAGAGAGAGAGAGAGACAGAAGGAAGGGGCUCGCCGACCCCGGAGCAUGCCACCAGCAACCACUGGGCAGUCUUCUUCGGGAGACGGGAGAUGAACUGUUCCAGCACCACCGUGUUGAUGAUGGUCUCUGCGUCGCUUCCUCCGGCCAACAGCCAUUUGCGGCACGAGUCCCGGAGUUGCUGUGCCAAGACAAAGGGUCGGCCCGCUUUGGUCAGCUCCAGCGACCGGAAGCGCUGACGAUGUUGUUCGGGGUUGAGGCCGACCCUCUGGAGGAUGGCUCUUCUAAGAUCGGCAUAGACCAGGAGGUUCGGGAAGGGCAGUUGUUGGGCAGCCUUCUGCGCCUCCCCCUACAGCAGUGGGAUCACCCGGACGGGCCAGCUGUCCAUUGGCCACCCACAUGCCUCCGCCGUCUUCUCAAAGAGGUCAAGGAAUGCCUCUGGGUCAUCAGUUGGCCCCAUCUUCGUGAGCGGCAUGUGGGGGAGGGGCCGGCACUAGGGGAGGCCAUCCUCAUCCGACCUUCCCAGUCCAGCAAGCUCCAGAACAGCUCGCGGUCCUCCUGCUGGGCCUGCAUCAUGGGAUCAUCAAAGGAUGUUGAUCCAGGAACAUGUCUUACUAGGAAAAAAAUCAUGGUGACCGUCUUUAGUACUAAGGUCCAAAAUGACUAUAUUAUACUUUUAACAACAUCUUUGUUUCUCUCUCUAACAUGUAACUGGACAAAAGGUAAAAAGAUAUUGUUUGAUGAAAUCAAGCCAGUUGUGUUUCAAUUGUGUGGGGCGACACCAGCGGAUUUGAAUAAAGCCAGUGCCCUGAUCAACAGCUUGAUUAACCAGGAACAUAUGAACAUCACAAUCCAUGAUCCAGCCAUCGCUUAUUUCACCAAUGAGGAUUUAAAUAUACUGAGCAAAAUGGAAAAGGAACUCAAAGUAAGUGUCAUAACUGAGAAGAAGGGCCAAGACUCUGUCAUCACACUGAAGGGCCUGACAGGAUUUGUCCAAACUGCAGAGAGUCGUAUUCGGGAUAUUAUCCGCAAAGUGGAAAGGAAUGAACACCAUAAAAGACUGGCAACUUUGACCAGCAGUAUAGUUGAAUGGCAAUAUCUAAGUGGUCAUGACUUUAAAGGAUUUGAUAUUUUCACCAAUUGUGACUUGGAAGAGGCCUUUAACCAACAAACAACCUCUGUGCAAAUCAAGAUUGACAGUAAAGUGUAUAAUGCAGACAUAUUUCACAAAGUUGCCACAAAGGGAAAAAAACGUGUUGAAUUAAAGAGAGUAGAACUGAAAGCUGCAGUUCAAAGUUCUCUGCCUUCACACUGGGAGGACAUGAAAGGACAGCCGGUUGUUCUUGUAAAACUCAGCGCAGACUCAAAGGAAUAUGCAGAUGUGGAAGAAGAGUUUAAAAAAACUGGACUAUCCAGCAAUAUCAUUAAAAUUGAAAGAGUCCAGAACAGUGCACUUUGGAGAAACUACUUGAUCAAAAAGGAGGAAAUGGAAGUUAAAAACAAGCAUAAAAACAAUGAAAAGCUUCUGUUCCAUGGCACUGACACUUAUAAGACCGAUCAGAUCAACAAUCAGGGCUUCAAUCGCAGCUUCGCUGGCAUGCAUGGAGCCACGUAUGGGAAUGGCACAUAUUUUGCUGUUGAUCCGAGUUACUCAGCCCAAGGCUACUCUACACCUGAUGCCAAAGGUCAUAAACGUAUUUACCUCGCCAGGGUGCUCAUUGGGGACUUUACUCAAGGAAGAAAAGGCAUUCGUACUCCUCCAAAAAAGAGUUUACAAAGUGUUGAUCUUUAUGACAGUGUGACAGAUAAAACUAACAACCCAUCCAUGUUUGUGAUCUUCAAUGAUGUACAAGCUUACCCAGAAUACUUAAUCACAUUCCGGAACAAAUUAAAUUGUAAAGUUUAAUUCCAUUAGGUUUGAGCAGAACUCCUACAAUGAAAAAAUGAUAAUGAUUUGAACAAUAAAAGGCCACAAAAAAGUAAAAACCUGUUAACGGAACGGUCAUUGACAUUGACC